AUGUCUCACGAAUCCGUCUGGAACUCUCGUCCUCGCAAGUACGGCAAGGGCUCUCGCUCUUGGAGGAACUUCGCUGGAGGAGAAGGGACAGUCGGCAACCAGGUCCAGGGAGACACGGAGGAAGCAUGUUUUACUAACGUCUUUGUGCGCAACUACAGCCGCGUCUGCACCCACCGUGCCGGUCUGAUCCGCAAGUACGGCCUCGACAUCUGCCGUCAGUGCUUCCGUGAGAAGGCUGCCGACAUUGGCUUCGUCAAGGUACGAUGA